AUGAUCUCCAAACACUUCUCUCUACGAGGACACAAGGCGGCAAUUGCAGGGUUCUGUAAAGCUUCCAAUGGCUUAGUAUCUGCAGAUAGAGACGGCUGGGUUGUGGUAUGGAACUUGGAAACCAAAAGACCACUGGGGUUCUGGAAAGCUCAUGAUGGGCAGAUCAUCACUGUUAUCAACACAGAGCUAGGCUUGUUGACUCAGGGCAGAGACUCGGCAAUACGGAUAUGGAAUAUGGAGGGGCUUGCGGUGGAAACGGAUUUGGCGCUUUUGGGGCGUGAAGGGUUACCGAAACCGAAGUUUGAUGAGGUUCCUGUGAACUCGUUGAACUUCUGUAAUGUUGAUUAUACUGGUGGUCUUUUGGCGACGGUGGCCACUACGGAUUCUGAAAAGUUUGAUAUUUAUGAACUUUCGGCUCCGGGUAAGCCGUUUUCGUUGAAUCGUGUGGUUCAGGGCUUCUCUGUGGGGAAUGGUCUGGUGGAUGAGACGAAGCGUGAUGGAGAAGGUAUCAUCAUGAAGCUACGGUUUGUGGGCUCUUCGUUAUUGUUCGUGGGUUACGAAUCAGGCACGGUUAAGGGGUUCAAAAUUCAUGAUCAGAGCAGUAUCAGGUCGUCGGCUUCGGAACUGCUUGUUCUCAAUAAGGAUCUUAAGCUAACAGAAGUGUUUUCGUAUUCAGGACAUGCUCCCCAGCCUGUUCUUUCGUUGGAGUUUGAUACGGAAGAGCAGAAACUAUAUACGGGCUCGGCGUCCAAGAAGCUUAUCGUUGUUUCCGUUGAGGGACUUCUUUCAGACGGUACAUCCAAGGGAAAGACACCGCCACUAACAAAGUCUGCGCCGGUCAAACAAGGAGGACUUGGUCUGUUACUCGGCAGACCUAAGAUUGAACUACUAGAGGACGAUUCAGAACCUGUGGAAUGUCAUAUCUCCACAUAUAACCUUCGACAUUCUGGAAUCCUGAGUAUUCAGAUCAAUGACUACAUUCAUAUAGUCUUUUGGGAUGGAGUACUCAAGACGUACACGAAGGAUAUUGUGGAAGUUGGUCGUUCUGAGCGAGGCGUUGAACGAAUCAAAGUGGAAUCUGACCAGUCUGAAGUUGCAAAACCAACCACAAAAGCUCUUUGCGGGUACUUGUAUGAGUUUGACAAGCUGCCGCAACAGCAUACCUCACGAAAAGAGCUUCUUCGGCUUCGAAGACUAAAGUAUUCCUCAUUACUAUUUAUUGGGUAUGGCGAUAAUCUCAUUAGCGCUUACAGUAUAGACGACAAAAGUUAA